AUGAGUCAUAAGGGGACCGUUUUGCCUGAAACCAAACGUCACGUGACGUCUCUCCAAAGGGGGCGUGGUGACGCUUACUUGUCUCGACAGGUAAGAGGAACCAGGAUACAAAAAGCCAUGGUGUUCCGCUCAACCUACUGACAGGCAAACAAAUAGCUGUAAUAAGACAGUUUGUCCCUACUAAUUCAGGGUUUAACUUAUUAUCGAUAAAAACAAAAUGUACCAAUCUUGACUGUUCCUGAAAAUGAAAGUACGCUAACCAGGCUCGGAUACAAGGAUGUCAACACAACAGGUAAAUAUGAACCAGCUGUUUCAGGAAGUUAAAACGUAGACAAUAUAAAGACCUUAUUUUUAUGCUUGUACGCUCUUCUUUGAGAAUUCCUCGGUUAUAUCUUUUCCUUUCGUACAUAUAAAUCAAACGCAGAUGUGAAAAUGUGUUGACGUCCUCCUCUUCAGGUGUGUGGAAGUAAACGGGCUGACAUGUUUUCGUUAUUUUCUUCUCGGAUGAUGAACUCAGGGUUACAUCACACUGUGGGCUUGUUGAGAUUGACUACUAUCACUUAACCUUCAAAGCAUCACAUCUACUUCAGAGGGGAGAAAUGUUCAAACACUUUCACAUAAAAUACACUUGAUGUUAGGACGCUCCGAUCAUGUUUCUAUUGCACAGUGCUAACAAUCCUACUGAUCAAACUUGAAUCAAAAAGAUUUACAAAUUCACUUUCACUCCCAAAACUUUGUGGAGUUAAAGAUUUAUGUUUGCAGGUAUGGGCUAAAGCUGAAUUUGGCUUUACAUUUUAGUGCAUUGGUUGUUUUUUCCUGCAUUUUUUCUAGUAGGGGAGAGUGGGGUAAGAUGAGCCAUUUUUGAUAUUAAGGAUCACUACAUCAAGGUAAUCAUAGUUUUGUCUCCAACCAGUGUAUCUGCAUAUAUUUCAAAAUGUUGUGCAUCCCUGCAAACCAACAGAAUGAGUGUAAACAUAACUGUCUUGAUAAUAUAGCAUGCCAAAAAAAGUGGUCUCCUAUGGUCAACUUACCCUACCCCUAUCGCUCCCACUCUCCUCCCCAGACCUCCCUCACCUUCUCUCUCCCUAACCCUCCUCCUGUGUUAGGGUCUGAACCACUUAAAAUGAGCUUUUUUUGCAUCAAGACUUUUUGACUUUGUCAGGAACCUCUAUUUCAACAAAAUGAAAUUAAAAAAUUAAAUUGACUAAAUUAUAAAAUGCUCUUAUUAAAAUUACAGCACUUGUCAUGUUGGGGUCGCUGUUGACCCGGUUAGAUCAAUAUCUAAUAAUCAGAGCAAAAACUUUAAUCACAAGUGUCCUGUCAGGCACCACACUGACAGUCAGAUCCUCUUCCAAUCAUGUGAGAUUUCAUUCUCAUUUUGCCAUGUUUUUCCCUGCACAAAAAACAACGUCGGACAUGUGAGUAUAUUCAGUAUAGAUGUCUGUGUGAGGGGUAUACUGACAAAGAAACACCCAGAGGACCACAACAAAAACUAUUAUAAGCAAUAUUUUCAUGAAUAAUGAAGCCUAACGAUUUAACCUAGAGAUGAGAACCAAACUGGAUGAUAGAGAAUUGUUUUUAGUGUAAUUCACAGCUGAUUUAAGACACAGGUCAAAACCGACCAUUAACAUGGUGGGUGCGUAGUGAAAGCUAACACAGGAGGAAGGCUAGAUAACAGUCACUUCUUCACAUUAAUGCGUAUUUUUAUCAUUUAUUAUACACUAUUCAACUGGUACAAUAAUUCUUUUUAUUAUUGUAUAUAACUGCUAAAAAGCGGUUUUGCUCAUAGAUACAAUUGAUGUAUAAAACAAAUUUAAAAUGAUCUUUUUGGUCUGAAUACAAUUCUAAUAAAACUUAUGACAGACUAAAUUCCCUUUUAAGAGUGAAAUCUUUUUUUUUUUUUGUAAAUAAAUGUCUAACCCCUUCACCCAUGUACUUGUAACCUUCACAGACUCCAUGAAUUGAUGCCCAUCUUCUAAAUAUUUGGUCACAUGAUCAAUUUCUUUUACCAUUUCCAAGCAACAGGGGGUGGCUCAACUUACCCCACUCUCCCCUAAGUAAAACGUCUUGCACUGAUUUCUUUUUUCUUCAACAAAAUGGUUGUAAUUAUCAGGAGUAAAAAAAUAACUACUGGGUGACCUGUUGAAGAAAAAACAAUGUCAAAUGCUCAGAGUGAGGUGAUAACACCUGUGUCACUUCAAUCACAUCUCAUCGCUGUUUUCAUAUGUAACACCUCCUCAACGGUGUGAUGAAUCGUCCCUGUUGGAUUUUUUACUUUCUAGCCUCCCUCCAUGUGCAUCCUUAUUAUCACUUCAAACACUCUCCUCCUAACAUUACCUGUGAUCUUAUGCACAGCUCUGACUUUAAAGAUAUAGCCCAGUGAUCUGUCAUUGUCAGAAAUGCUUUCGUUUCCCUGCUUUGGCCGGUUGAUUCACACCCCCGCUGUUAAGCUUUUGGGGUCGUACACCAACAUGAUCCAUAACACACCGCUGUUCAGUUGUCAUAUCUGCUGCCCGUAUUUCCUUUUUAUCUGAGCCACACAUCAUGAACCGAGCUGUUAGCUUUAUGGGCUCUUUAACUACCCCACUGUUAGAUCUUAUUGGAUUCAUUUGUCUUUUUAGGCCGGGUUAAGGCUUCACCCUGGGAUUAUUGCAUCUGUGGUCUUUGUCUCUGUGGCGGCGAUCGUUGCUGCCGUAUUGAUCAUCCGAAAAUACUGCUUUCCAGUCAAGUAAGCAAACAAUAUUAAUGAGUCUUAAUGAGUUGAUUGAAAAUUCACAGUGCUGUAAAACGCUUUCCACCACCCAGCCUGUCACGUCUCUUUAUUUUCAGCGAGGCAACAUACAGAUACUCGGUGCUGAGGCGGCUGGAGGAGCAGGGUUCAGCGGUGACAGAAGACGACAGGGGGCCAGACACAGUAGGGGAAGAGUCAGACGAGGUCAGCCCAUCAUGGCUUCCUUGAUUGUAGCUUUUCACUGUCAUCCAUCCUACAGUACACGUUGACACAGCUGUAACCUUCCUCGUCACAUCACAUGUCAUUUGUAACUUCCUGUUUUUGCUUUGUGACAGGAUCUGCUGGAAUAA